CAUCGAACAGAAAGAUCUGUGGUCACAGGAUGAACAAAGCGGGAGAUAACAGCGGCAAAAACGCGCUCCGGAGCCAAAAACAGCCCAGAGCGCACCAGGUUGUCCAGAAGAAGAAGAAAGAAGCGACGUCGAAAGAUGCCCAAAGUGUGUCUUCCAAGGAGUCCGACUCUGGGAAAGAGGUGAAACCGGUGAAACGACCGGGGAAAGUCUCAGCAGGGGUCCCCGCGGAGUGCCCGAGGAGCCCCGGCGCGCACAGGAAACUGUCCGACGCCAGCAACGCGUCAGAAGACCUGAGCAAAGACUCCGGCUGCCUGUCCGGGAAACUGUCCUCCUCAGACAGCAGCUCAGAAAUAUCUGACUGUCCCUCGGAGACCAACAAGAACGAGUGUUUGAGCAGCGACGCCGAGUUAAGCUGGACAGACGGGAGAGUUUACGCGAGGCCGAUCGACGAAGCAGCAGGAAAACCGUGUGUCCGAGCGCAUCCCGGCGCCGCCGCAGCGCGUCUGGACUUCUUCAGUUCAGGAGAUUUUGCGGAUUUCAUGAUGGGAGAGACCACUGAAUACCUUGUCCGGGAGCUGGAAGAUUUGAGAUCAGAGAAUGAGUAUCUGAAAGAUGAACUGGAGGAGCUGCGCUGUGAGAUGCUGGAAAUGCGUGACGUGUUUCAGGAGGAGGAGGCGUACCAGCUGCAGGAGCUGCGGUCACAGCUGGAACAGGCCAAUAAGACGUGCCGCAUCUUGCAGUACCGCCUCCACAAGGCCGAGCGCCGCAGCAUCAGGGUGGCCCAGACUGGACAGGUGGACGGGGAACUGGUCAGGACCCUGGAACAUGAUAUCAAGGUUGCAAAGAAUGUUUCCCUCCGCUUGUACAAUGAACUGGAAGCAGUGCAGAAGAAAAAUUCCCAAUUGGACUGGGAAAACGAAAGACUGCGUGAGAAGACACAGGAACUCGAAGUGGCCAAGCAGGUGUUGCAGACGGAAGUGGAGAAAAGCAGAGAGAGCUCCUUGAAGAGAAAAACAAUCAGGCCAACAGUGAGUAAGGCUGAGAAGAGGCUCUCUCAACAGAUUGAGGAUGACAGCGCUGAUCUCAAGUGCCAGCUCCACUUUGCCAAAGAGGAAUUAGCUCUCAUGUGCAAGAAGCUCACCAAGCUGGUGUCAGAGAGCAAGGCCAUGCGCGAGGAACUGCCCAAAUACCACUCAGCCUACGGAGACAUCAAUGCCACCCAAUCAUCUGAAGGAAAGCAAAACUCCGCCCAUGCACGAGAGGCAGAAAUCAAAGUUCACCUGAAACUCGUCGAAGAGGAGGCCACGCUGCUGAGCCGGCGCAUCGUGGAGCUGGAGGUAGAGAACCGUGGACUGAGAACGGAAAUGAGUGACCUUAGGGAGAAAAUAGGAGGAGGAGACGAAGAAGAGGAGAGUCUGGAAGUGUUGGAGAAAAAGCUGUUGCUUACCAAUUCAGUGAAGGACGGAGAGGGAAGCGAACAAAGUGUGGAAAGAGGAUGCACGCAGUAUGAGCACGCUGAGGUCGAGGAAAGUAAAGGUGAUGUCCAGACACCUUUGAUUUGCAGCCAAUCACAAACUGAAGGGAUGAUUACAUCCUGCAACAGUACUCAAGAAGGUCUUUUAGGCGGCGAGUGGGAUCCUUCAGAUGGUCAGGGGAAUGAUGAGAACAAAAACCUGAUUGGAAGUGCCAGUGGACUCACUCAAAAAGACUAUAAAACUUUACUAGCUCUCAGAGACCAUUCCUGCAUUUUGAGUUCAGCCAUUCAGCUCCUCACAUCACCACCUAGAAACGGCCAUUGUUCAUCUCCAUUGUGUACGUUUGACUCCUUAAUAGAGGUGGAUCCAAAGUGCGACGUGCAGCAGAUGCUCCUUCCGGGACCUUUGAACGAAGCUUUGGAGCUCCUACAGACCAUGUUGUUGGCUUUCACUGGGAGGCUGGAAACACUUCUAAUGGGAGAAGAUUUCCAAAGAGCCUCCCUGCAGAAGGACGGGCACGUUUGGGAUUCCUGCAAAAGUUCUGCAGAGUCUGACAGGGAUGCUCGUAAUAUCAAAGAGUCAUCAGGUUUGCAGGAAUGUGCUGAAGAGUUCCACGUCACAGACACUAAUAAAGGAGCAAAAUCAAAACCACCAAGGUCGUCGUCAUCUCAGUGGGACCUUAUGCAUCGCUGGGGAGACCAAAAGGUGCGACUCUCUCUGCAGAUUCUCUGGAUUUUACAUCAGCAGUGUCAAAUUAAAGGAGAGGGACAAGAUGGAAAAGAGGGUAGAGACCAAAUUAAGACUGCGCUGCAGCAGCUGUUGCAGGAUCUUGGUGCAGAGCUCCAGAAUGAGCAAACUGAGGCAAAGGAUACACGGGGAAGAGCGGCUGAGUGUGCAGUCAGUGCCGUCUUUGACAGUGAAGGAAGCUCUGCAGAGGACAGGUCAGUGUCUCUCAAAUGCACAGCUCCAAGCAAAAGAACUAGGAGACCUUCUCCACAUGAGAUGAAGAACUGGCGUUAUCUGAGCCAGGAGGCCGCCCUGCUGGACCGAGAUGACCCUGUUAAGAUGUGGGACCAUCCAAUCAUGCCUGUUAGCUUUCCUGAUCUUGACUUUGAGCAGAUUUUCACGAAGAGGAGCCACACUGCCCCGGAGAAGACUGCCUGCCGCAUCUACUACAGCCCCCCGUCCGCCCGCAGAGUCCAGCUGGCUCAGCUAACGCAAAGCCUGGUCACAGAGAGAGAAUCUGCCAAUACUCUGUCUCCUUGGUGCAUGCCGCCGACCUCUUUUUCUCCACUCUGUCUGGGCUCAACGUCUAAUUUGAGCGAUGAUGUUAAGGAGAUGACAGCCGGGUGGAGCAGAGGUGUGUCACGUGAGCGCUGGGUGGACGUGGCCUGCUCGGGGACUCAGACCCACACCCGGCCCCAGAUGGUGAGUGUGGGUCUGCAGACCGACGCAGCGCAGGGGCCCUUCAGUGUGAGAACCAGCCCCUCUCGGGUCCUGACCUCCUCAUUGGUGUCUGCUCGUGCUCACCACAUCUCCACCUCACUGGACGGUGUCACCGGGAGGAUGGAGAGGCUGAGAUCCACCACCGCCUCCCCGAAACUGUACCGAAGGCACUCUGCAGGCAGCACGUCGGCUAUUCCCCAGUCCCACACUUUUAGUUCUUCAUCAUCUCUUGCUGCUUCCAGAGAGCGAGCGUUGUGGAAUCUGCCUCAUCAGAGUCACACGGGCAUGGCAUGGACCCGCCAAACACAUCACCGAGCAAGCGGAGGGUCACUUCAGAGUGCCGUGAGCAGCGAGCGUUCAGGACGGAUCACCAAGGCCUCCGGCAAAUCUGCAGCAGCCAACCGUUACGGGCUGGUCACAGAGUUCCUGCGCAGGGUGAGCGGCCGCGCUGACAAACCGGCAUCUGGCUCAGGUCAGAAAACAAAGGGUGGGAUGAAAAACCUGGAGCGUGUGCCGACUCGGCAUCCUGCCAUCCAGAUGCACAGGAAUGACAGUGUGACCAGGAUCGUCAACCAGAGGUUUAUGAAGCAGAGAGACGAGGCCAGCCGGGCCCAGAAAGGAAGCGGUUUGACCCAAAGCGUGAGACACAGCCUGAGUGCGGUCACGGCAGACGAUGGAAACGAUUGCAGUUCCAGCAGCACCCUGACGUUCUGCUUUGCUCGUCCAUCUCGCACAAAUCAGCGACAGUUGUCCCCUCAUAACAAAGUCCACCGACAUAGUUCAUCACCACCAGUGAGCAUUGCUGCAGACUCCAGCUGUGAGUGAAGAUGCGACAAAAACAGCUGAGCCCAGUCGGAACCCUGAGGAACACAAUUUAUAAUGCAAAUCUUAAAGUGUUACAGUCUGGAAAGUAUUCACAGCGCUUCACUCCUUCCACUUUUUAUGUUACAGCCUUAUUCCAAAAGGGUCUGAGGU